CCACCACUUACUUCAAGCUUUGGAGUUCCCCCUCCCCCCCCCGGGAUCCAUUACCAGCACCUCAUGCCUCCCCCACCUCGACUUCCCCCCCACUUAUCUGUGCCACCUCCAGGGUCAGUGCCACCUGCCCUGCACCUCAAUCCAGCUUUCUUCCCACCCCCAAAUGCAGCCAUGGGGCCUCCACCAGAUGCCUACAGCAAGGCCUCUGCACCAUAUAAUCACAGCAGCAGGGAGUUGGGCCCAUUACCUCCACCUGUUGGUGAUUCAGAAUUUGACGAUAUCAUGAAUAGGAAUCGAGCAAUUUCCAGCAGUGCCAUAUCUAAGGCUGUAUCUGGGGCCAGUGCAGGGGAUUACAGUGAUGCAAUUGAGACCCUGCUUACAGCCAUUGCUGUAAUUAAACAGUCCCGUGUAGCAAAUGAUGAGCGGUGUCGGGUCCUUAUCUCUUCGCUUAAGGAUUGCCUUCAUGGCAUUGAAGCUAAGUCUUACAGCAUGGGCACUGGCGGCAGCAGCAGUUCCUCGAGAAAAAGACAUCGAUCACGAGAUAGGUCACCAAGUCGGUCACGUGAGAGCAGUAGGAGGCACCGAGAGGUGGUUCAUAAUGAAGAUCGACAUGAGGACUAUUUCCAAGAAAGAAGCCGGGAGCACGAGAGGCACAGAGACAGGGACAGAGAAAGAGAUCGGCAUCAUUGAGAGAAGGAUGCUGGAAGCAUACAGUGUUUUUAUGGACUUAUAUCCUGUCCUUAAUCAAGACUAAAGGAUGGGGGAUUCUCCACCCACUCCUUCCCGCUGCCCUCUGCUCUUUCCAGACCCCUUGGAAGUGACUUUGCCUGUAGGACUCCAUUUGGCACACUAUGGCACUAAGACUUGAGUUCUUCCUAAGUGUGCUGCUGCUGCUGUUGCUUGAUGGAGGAACACUGAAUGACUUGGAGUUUGGGAGGGGUUGUCUGAGCCACUGUGACCAGGGGGCCAUUUCAAUCCAUGGAUUCUUGGACCCAAAGAGAAUGGUGCUUUCCACAGAGGUCUGUCACCUCUUUCCUUUCCAUGGCGUUUUAGAAACUCCCGGGGAGGAAUGAAUCCAGCUUCUCUCCUGUAGGAAGACCUCAUGCUUCAGCACAGCACAAGGUAUAUUACCAUAGCCUCACUGGAGCUUAUGUUCAAAAUUCAAACUGCAUUGUCUUCUUAGGCAUCAGUGCAUAGAGUCCUCCUUAAUUUUUAUCCUUUUUCCAAAGCAGCUUCAAUCUUGCACUCUUAACAGCUUUGUACACAGCUUAGAAAAGUUUUGUUUUCCUUUUCUGGGAUGAGAACAGGCUAGUUACUGCUUCCAGUCAAGCCUCUUCUUAAUUCCUGAAAGUUGUCAUACCAAUUUAACCUAACUACUUUUAGGAGGGGCUGUGCUGUUAAGCUUGCCCACAACAUUGAGUCUCCCUUAAAAAAUAAAUCUGUCUUUCGCUAUUGCAGGAGCUCUAUCUACAGAUGAUUUCCUGACAAAUUCCUUGCUUUGUUUCAUGCAUUAGCUACUCUGGUUGUAAUUUCUUACACACACAUUUGUUUUCAAGGCCAUUCUUUCCCAGCAUAUCACCUUCCUUGUUGUAGAGGAAGAGUUGUGACUAGAUACAGAAACAUGGAAUUGGGGCAAAGUCAAGCUGAUGCUUCUGGACAUUGUUGAUUAGAGCACACCUUGAGCAUUUUAAAUUUUGUGUGAUGUAAGUGUUGAAUUAAGGUCCAAAACUACCCUUGCUCUUGUUCUCAUUUGGAAUUUUCCCUUUGGCGGGAUUCACUCACAUGUUUGCUUCGGUGACAUAGUAAAACCUUAGUGGUCUCUGGCAUGCCAGCCUAGGGAAAGACAAAGUUAAAUUUUUAUUAUGUAAACUUAGAACUAGGAUUCCUGAAUCCAAUGAGCCUUUCAGCUGGCAACCAAUUGAAACUCGAAACACAUUACAUGGGGACCCUUAUGGAAAAACAGUGGCUGCAGAAAUCUUGAUUCAAGUGUCAUCUUUGAGAUGGAACUUUUUGAGGUAUGCAUUUUAGUUUUCAGUGCUCCAUCCUAGCACCCCAGUUACACAAAAUCAAGUUACAUACCCUGGAUUUCUUUAGUAAGACCAACCAUCCAUUGUGACUAUCCAACUGCAUGGCAAAGCCCUCCUCAUAGAAGGAUCUGUCUUUUUCUCAGAGAACAAUUGGAUAGAUUAAAGAGGAUGACUGUGUCACCAAGGGAUAUGAUGCCUCCUUUUGUGCUGUUGAUCCAAGAGGGUCUACGGUCAAUGUUUUUUUAAAGAGAAAACAAAGUUAAUGUAAGCCAGCGGAGAGAGCUUAAACUGUAAAGUAUACAAUAUGGAUUGGAAACGUUGCUUUUUACCUAAUGGGACAUUUUUAGUUUGUUUUGAAAUAAUGGAAGAAAAAGAAGAAGAAAAACAGACAACAGAAAACAUAACUUCAGUUCCCUUCAACUCUCCCACUCCUGUUCUUCGUGAUUUGAUUUGUUUGUCUUUUUCUGAUAGGUUGGAAAUUGUGUAAUAAACUUGAUGAUAUUGUCAA